GUUACCUAAAAAUUUUCUUGCUACUCUCACAACGGAAGUCGUUUUGGUAUAAAAAAAUCGUGUUUUCCCCACUACAAAAAUAAAUUUGUAAUCAAAAAUUCUGCUCAUCCCCUCAACGAAUAUCACUUUUGAUUCAAAUAUUCCCCAUCACUCCCCACCACGGAUAACUUUUUGGACAUCGGGGACCGAGCCUCGCGGCCCGGGACGCUGGACCCCAACAACCUCAACCGCUUCCCCAGCAUGGACCGUCGCAGCCCCAUGAGCAUCCCCGCCCCCGCCCGCAGCCCCAGGAUCUCCCCACGCUGCUCCCCAUGCUCUUCCCCAGCGACGGCACGUCGCUUCAAGGACGACGUAGAGGCUCUUCCCCGGGACAUCGAGAAGCUCAUCUACACAGACUUGCUGCCGUUCGACAUCACAGGAGGACCAGAGACCCGAGAGUUUCUAUACCGCGUGGCCGACAUAUCCUGUGACUAUGUCGAGAAGACUUUCGACCGCGGCUGCAAGAUCCUGGACUUCCACCAGCCCGAGCAGCUCAAGGAGGUCCUGGACUUGGAGAUUCCUUCGGAUCCUUUGAAGCUCGAGCAACUCCUGCACGACUGCCGCGAUGCGCUCAAGUAUCAGGUUAAGACGGGACAUCCACGCUUCAUGAACCAGCUGUCGUGUGGGCUGGAGGUGAUAUCGCUGGGCGGAGAAUGGCUGACGGCUGCUGCCAACAUCAAUAUGUUCACCUACGAGAUCGCUCCGGUCUUCAUUCUCAUGGAGCAGACAGCUUCACUUCAUGCUCACUUCCUCCAUGUGAGUACGCCAUAUGCAUGUGCACUUCACUUCAUGUUCACUUCACUCCAUAGCCACUAUUCGCUGAAGGGCGCCGCGGCAACCAUGGGUCUGGGCACUGACAACCUCGUGCUGGUGCCCGUGGACGCUAAAGGUCGAAUGAUCCCAGCUGAGCUGGAUCGUCUCAUAGAGGAGCAGAAGGCGAAGGGCAACACACCCUUCUUCGUGUGCGCCACGGCGGGCACUACCGUCAUGGGGGCGUUCGACCCUCUGCACGCCGUCGCCGACGUCUGCGAUAAACACAAGCUUUGGUUCCAUGUCGAUGCGGCAUGGGGCGGCGGGGUGCUACUGAGCAAGAGCACGCGACACAAGAUGGCGGGCGUAGAGCGCUCUCAGAGCAUCACUUGGAACCCGCAUAAGCUGAUGGGGGUCCUGCUGCAGUGCUCCACUGUGCACUUCCAGGAGGAUGGUUUGCUGAUAUCAUGCAACUCAAUGUGCGCAGACUACCUCUUCCAGCAAGACAAACCUUACGACGUAACUUACGACACGGGUGAUAAGGUCAUCCAAUGUGGCCGUCAUAAUGACAUCUUCAAGUUCUGGUUGCUCUGGAGGUCUAAGGGUGACUCUGGGUUCGAGAAGCACAUCGACCACUUGUUCGAGAUGACCGCGUAUCUCGUGGAGAAGCUGAAGGCCCAUAGCGAUAAGUUUGAGCUGCUCAACGACGAGCCUGAGUGUACGAACGUCUGCUUCUGGUAUGUGCCGUUCCGACUGCGGACCAUGAAGGCGGGGCCUGAGCGCCACAAGCUGCUGGGAGAGGUCCAGCCCAUCCUGAAGGGUCGUAUGAUGACCGCAGGAUCGCUGAUGAUCGGCUAUCAGCCCCUGGAUGAUCACCCGAACUUCUUCCGCAACAUCAUCUCGUCGCAAGCCGUUUGUCGUGACGAUAUCGACUUCAUGAUCGAGGAGCUCGAUCGUCUUGGGUACGAUUUGUAAACAUCAAGCCGGUGCAAGCCGUUUGUCGUGACGAUAUCGACUUCAUGAUCGAGGAACUCGAUCGUCUUGGGUACGAUUUGUAAACAUCAAGCCGGUGCAAGCCGUUUGUCGUGACGAUAUCGACUUCGUGAUAGAGGAACUCGAUCGUCUUGGGUACGAUUUGUAAACAUCAAGCCUGUGCAAGCCGUUUGUCGUGACGAUAUCGACUUCGUGAUCGAGUAGCUUGAUCGUCAUGGAAAAGAUAUGUAAACAUCAAACAUGGUAUCGUCAUAUCGUCGCCCCCACCAGCGGAAUUGAAUGUUCUAACGCUCUGAUAAGAAAGGAAUAGUUGAAUUGAAUUCGCAUUAUUCACCCAAAAUCAAAUGAAUUGUAAAUGGUUUGACAUUCCGUGGAUUGAUUGCUGCAUCCAUAAAAGUUAAUGACCAUUGAUUUGACCUUAAAAUUGCGACUAAAUUAUGAAUAAAUUGUAUUCAUAAAAAAGAACUAGCUUGUGAUGAUUAGAUACUGGUUAUAAAAAUCAAUAAAAUCGAAAAUUGUACCCAUCAGUUCAAGUUAAUUUUUGGAGAAACAAAAAAAUAAAUGGCAGUCACAAUUAGUUUAAAAAGUACCCUAAGGAAUUAUGAAAAUACUCAGUAUAAUAUAAAUAGCUAAAUAAAGAAAAGACGAUUACGUGAUCUAAAUAAACAUUGUGACAUCAAACGCAGUCUAAAGGUUGUCAAAGAUCCAGAAGUUGAACUUAGAUGAAAGUUCUGUUCCAAGUUGCGAGGCUAACAUGAAACGGCGAACAAGAUUUGCAGGGCACCGCCAUAGGUAUAGCACUAGAGUGUUCACUUUAAUAUAGAACUGUUGUCUUUGUUCUAAAUACUACGUCAGAAUUAGAGGAAAGAAUUAAAAAAUAUUAUUUAUGCCUUUUCAAGAGGUUAAUUACUUGUCCUUUACAGAUUGUGAUAUUAUGACAUUGUUGAGUUUGCAAUGUUUUUAAAUCUUGUUCUAUACUGCAUAAAUGUAGUGUGGCAUGAUAUGAGGAGAUAUUUAGAGUAAAAAACCGUCGUGUAAGUAGAUUGUAUCCGCGUAGUAAACGCUUAUUACCAUCGUUGGGAUUAAAAUGUUUCUUCUGCUGCAAUUCAUAAGAGAAAUCUAUAUUUGCAGAGACUAUUUUUGCUUAAACUUUCUUUAUUAAUUACUAAAGUUAUAAUUCAGAUUAAUAUUUCGUUAAUACUAUAACUGUAAAGAAUAUUAGCGCCGUGGAUUUGGAGAACUAGAGAGCUUGAUUGGGGUAUCUUAAAUAUAGGCUAUAAAUGCUUGCACUCAAAACCAAUAACAUCAUUGUAUUAAAAUUACAAUAUACACAAAUCAUUCAGCUGCAAGGGAUUAGAAUUCUUGCCAAAAAUAUUCUCUAUAAUAAUGCUUGCAUUGAGAUAAAAUGAAAUCAAUAGAGCCAAUUGAUAAUUGAAAUUUCAGUACAUAAGUGAGUGAACGCUCCAAUUACUCCCUGUACAGUAUGCUUGAUUAUGUCUGCAUGCCGUUGGCGAUUGUAUUGAAGAUAUGAUACUGAUUUCAUUUAAAAUCAGCGAUAUUGAUUAUAUCGCGCAUUUAUACAUAUACAUAUAUAA